UGCCAAGUACAGUAGUGAUUUCCUAACUGUUCAGACCUCUCAGGUCAAGAUACCUAUAGGACAAAGCCGGGUUUUGUUGGUUAUUUUGGUGGACCAUCUCAGUUUUUUUUUUUAAAAAUGAACAACCACCUUUGAUUUGAGUUGCACCAUAAUAGUUUCCAAGAGAAAUGACUUUGCUUCCUGAAUUGUCAAUAUGUCUACAGAGGGGGUCACUAGAGAGUAGAGUUAUCAGGUGUUUGCCCACUAGGACCAACAUGAUGUUUUGAAACAUUUUGGCAUGUCCAUUUUGACCUUCUACGGUGGUUUUCUUCUUCCCUUUCCCCCUCUUCUCUCUCUCUCUCUCUUUUCCAUCCCAUCUCCAUUUAUGUGCCUCUGCUCCUGAACAAGGAAAUAUUGGCCUUGAUCUCUCUUCAAUCACAAAAAGCCUUGGGCUUUCUAUUUGUAAAAUGGGGCCAAGGAUAACAUACUUCCCAAACUAAGAAUGGCUAGCAGAUGAUCAUCAUCAUGGUCGUAUCCAAGCUAAAACCUACUCAGAGUACACCAGUUGAAAUCGAUGAACAUAAGUUGGUAAUGUCCAUUGAUUUCAAGGGGUCGACUCUGAGUAGGACUUUGCCAGCAACUCCUUCACACUGGAUAAAGCUGCUCUUGAUAAAUGGGGACAGGAGGAGGCCUCUCUGUUGUACCACUUUUCUCCUUCUGAUAUAUAUAUAUAUAUAUAUAUAUAUAUAUAUAUAUAUAUAUAUAUGUAACAUCUGAUUUAGGUUUACUGAAAUAACAACAGAUGUUUAUCUUGUAUUGUGUGGCACAUGGUGCUGGAGCCCAUAAACCCCUCCUGAAGAUUGAACCGCUCGCCUUAGACACUUAGGGGCUUUGUUCCCUUUUUCUUAUUCCUUCUCCCCCUCUCCCCUCCCAGCUUUCUCUUGGUGUUUUUAUUUCUUAGCCAUUUAAUCUGCUACCAAAGAAUGUAUAAGCAUCACAUUAUAGAGCGUGAAACAAGGGGAUAGUGAGGGGAUUUUCAAUACUUCCUUCCACUGAGCUGGAGACUCUCGAUGGGGUAACCUUACCUGCCGUUUUGGAUCAGGAAAUAAUGACAGGGGCAUUCCAUAACUUCCUGAGAAGCUUUAGUCUGCAGUCCAAGAGGAGCCCAAUAGGAACGACCCCCAUGGAGAUGAAUAGAAGUUACUGUGGUACAGCUUCUGUUUGCUUUAGGCCAGCAUGGAGGGUCUUUAAUGGAUCGUGACCAUGGUGAUGGCUGGGAAGGGCUGUGGCUCAAGGCAAGAGCUUCUGCCUUGCAUGCAGAACGUACCAGGUUCAAUCCCCAGCACCUCCAGGUACAACUGGGAGGGAUUCCCAUCUGAAAUCCUGGAGAGCCACUGCCAGUCAGUGUACGCCACACUGAGCUUAGAUGGCGUCAGAUGCUUAGAUGACUCUGUUUAAGGCUGCACAAUGUAGUCUGUGAUACAUUGGGGAAAGGAGAUUAAACAGGCCAGCAAGUAGGAAACUUAACUGCUGCUGCUUGAGGGUCUGGAAUCUGGAUCUAAAAGAUGAUAUCAAUGGGGAUCAGAGGGUGGAGCUCUGGAAAAAUGACAGGGUGGCUGCAGCCACUCCCAUCAAGGCAGUGCCAGAGACAGCAGCCUCUCUUUAGGAUGAGCCUUGUCUGCCAAUCCUAUUUACAGAACAUGGAAUCAGUUUCAGAAAAUCUUAUUCCUGACCCAUUCACAUUUAUUAAGAGCUGCUUUAAAAUCUUACUUGAGUUGGGAUAGAUUUUUGUUUUAUUCCCACCCCUACAUCUUCAUUUCUGCACCACUUUGUCAUUUAUUUCUUUUAAUGCCCUGAUGAAAGCUCAUCAGGGCAUUUUAAGUGCACAUUUCGUAUUUUAAAUAUAUAUAUAUAUCGUAUAUUUCGUAUUUUAAACACACACGCGCGCGCACACACACACACACUUUUGUAUACCAUUUUGACGAAUGGAUGCAUAUCUGUAAGCAAUUUACCCUAAUAAUAAGCAUUUCUGUAUGUCAUUUUCAAUCAUAUAGGCAUUUUGAUGGAGAUCUUUGUAUGCUUUCUUUAGCUGGAAACUGCAUUGCAAAAUUCAGAGAAUGGUGAAUUUCAGAAGGUAGUGGUUGUUUCGGUUCAUGUAUUGCACCAGGAGGUGUGGAUUAAGGAAUUUUGCAGCAAACAAUGAACCAAACCAAAUUUAUCCCUCAUCCCUAUUGGAGCUUCCAGCUCUAUAACCUCAGAGGACUCUCCUUCCACCUUGGGUAUUUUGGUGGGGGCAGUGUUUGCAAUAAAUUAAAUAAAACAUACAUUGCCAGUGUCUUAUUCCACUUAGAAUAAUUUAGUAAGAUGACCAGGAACGUUCCAGUCCACUGGGAAAAAGAACGAGGAUUCUGCACUUUAGAAUCUAAAACAAAAUAAUCUUAAUUUCCUGCUUAAAUUUCAGUAGGGUGUUGAGUUAAGUGGGAUUUGCUUUUUUGGAUAAACAGGCCUGGUGUGUUUAUGGUUGUCUUAUUCCUGUUUUUGUGCUUCUGUUUUAAUGGGGUUUUUUUGGAAGCACUUUGAGUAUUUUUUCUGGAAAAAUGUUGUUGUUGUUGUUCGAAUGCUGGAGGAGAAUGCUCAGGUUGAAAGAAGACAGCCAAAAGUUGAUUGAUAGUUCCCAAAAUGGGAUGGAUGGUUCCUCAUUGUUCCUUUCAAUGGCUCUGUAUGAAAUUGGUGGCUUGACCAGAUCUUUCGUACAAUAAUAAAAACCCAUUGGGUUGUAUCCAGCAAUAUUCCUAUUCAGAGAAGACCCAUUGAAAUGAACAGAGUUGAAUACCUCAAGUUCAUGAAUUUAAAUAGGACUUCAUUGGCUACAACUCUUCAUAUUUGUGUCGGAGCAGACACCUCCUCAUUUUAUGUUACUCUUCCUUGUGUUGUGUAUUGUGUUGAACUUCACUGCAGCCCUUCAGGGGAAGCACCCCUUCCCAUUUUACAUGUAAAGACCAAAUGUGGAAAAUGAAUUGCUUUUGCUCAAAAUCCAAACAAGGAACCCAAUCUGCAGGGUUGUUUAUUAUUUAAAUACACCCAUUAAUUUAACCCACAAAAGUGUAAUUUAUUGAUCUACUCAAGGUUAGCCAGCCUUACAGUGGUACAUUGGGUUACAGAUGCUUCAGGUUACAUACAGACGCUUCAGGUUACAAACUCCACUAACCCAGAAAUAGUACCUUGGGUUAAGAACUUUGCUUCAGGAUGAAAACAGAAAUUGUGUGGCAUGGUGGCAGCGGGAGGCCCCAUUAGCUAAAGUGGUACCUCGGGUUAAGAACAGUUUCAGGUUAAGAACGGACCUCCAGAAUGAAUUAAGUUCAUAACCAGAGGUACCAUUGUAUAUUCAUUUUAUAUAAUUCAUCACUUUCUGUCUGAGAUAAAUGCAGUGGUAGCUGGUGCUCUUUGGGGUAGAGUUAGGAACCCCAACUCCUUCCUGUUGAGUUCUCCAAAAACAAUACUGAGAUCCCAAAGGAAGAAGCUGACAGCAGUUGCCACCUAUCGGACUAGUUAUAAGUUAGCAGGCAGGCAGACCAAGGGAUGGCCGAGAUCAGGCUGAGGCUGAUGGAGCAGUGCCCCCUUUGCCUCGAUGAACCAGCCAGGGCCAGAUUAAGGCCUUUAGAUAGGCAUCCCCAACCUGCGGCCCUCCAGAUGUUUUAGCCUACAACUCCCAUGAUCCCUAGCUAACAGGACCAUUGGUCAGGGAUGAUGGGGACUGUAGUCCAAAACAUCUGGAGGGCUGAAGGUUGGGGGUGCUGCCUUUAGAGGUCCUAAGCACAUAAAAGAUUUUUGUGUCCUCAUAUAUAUUCAAUUCAAAAUAUAAACAAUACUAUAUAAACAGCCAUAGGAGCCAACUCCUAGGGGAAAAGGGGUCUUCAGCUCCCCCAAUAAAAUAUGAGGGGGUUGCCCCCCCAAAUUUGAUGGGCAUUCCCAUUCAAAUGGUGUACAUGCACCACAUCAUGUGAUCAAUUAUGUGGGGGUGGGGCUUACCUGGCCCCCCAAUAUUUUAUUCAAGUUGACACCCCUGACAGAAUUACAUUUUUAUGUAUAUAGAAAGAUGUAGAGUAAUUGGUUCCUUACAUUACAAAGGUUGAUUAUUUCCCCCUGAAUUAGUUUUUGUUUAGUUUUUGUGUAUUCUUCUAUAAUAUGUGAUCUUGCCAUUCAUAGCUGAAUCCCGUAUCCUGAAUAAAAUACAAUCAGAUGGAGGGGGGUGGGGGACAGGAUUUUUUAUUUUCCCACAUGGAGCUGCUGCGAUAAUUGUAGCUGUGAAUUCAUUGAUAACCACCUCACCAUCAAUUCUUUCUUCGCACCCCUUCAACUAAUUCCAAAGGAGCUUUCAAAGCAUCCUCUGGAAUCUUAUAUCCUGUGAUUUGCUAGGGUGUAAAAUAAAAUAGAGAGAGGUGCCCCACAUUGGUGCUGUUGAGUUGGUGGCUUUCCACCUGUUCAGCAUUGACUGUGGCAUUAUGAUAGAAAGAGGAAAAUGAUAUCGCUUAGAGUUCAGGACAAUCUGUGCAUCUAGUUUCAGGAAUUAAGGGAAAGAUACCCCUGGAAGGAGAAAAGAAACACAAAUAAUCUCAUCCAGUCUUUUGUCAAUUGCUGACAAGUUCCCCUCUCCUCUUCAGAAUAACAACACAGAAGUGGGUGUGGUUUGGGCAGUUGGGGGCGGGGUAACCUCAAAUCCUUUAAGCUGUGUUUGGCAUUUUGCAAAGCUGAGGUUGAUGUGGAUUGUGCUUGACAGGUAGUUCCCCUCCCUUCUUUUCCCUCGACUGUGAAAAUUUAACAGGGUUUUUCUCUAUUAAGGAAGUUUGUGUCACUGUGGACCAGGUUCCACACAUCAUGCAGACAAAGGCAAACCCUUGUUUGGCACUGGACAAAUGCUGAACAGGAAGUUCAACAGUGUAUCAAUGUGAGGGAGAUAUGCCUCCAGAUGUUGCUAGACUACAGCCCCCAUCAUUCCUGAUAUUGGCCCUGCUAGCUGAGACUAAUAGGAGGUGAAGUCUAGCAACACAGAGAGGGCCCCCAGGUUCCCCAUCCCUGUUCCCCAUAGUAUCUGUCCUUCCUAGUUCUGCUUCCUUCAUGGUGAUAGGGGUCACCUGCCCUACAAGGUUUCCAUGUGACUGUCAGAUAUAAUAUAGUAGAGCUGACAGGUUUCAGAACAGAGUUGCAGCCCACUGAUAUGUAUGCACAUGUCUAGUGUAGGUCCAUCAGUUUCAAUAGGUCUACUCUGGGUUGGACUUAGUUGGGUGAAACCCAUAAUCUGGUGGUAUGGUUGCUCAGGGGCGUUGCGAGAUCAGCAGGCAGGACACCGUUGCAGACACUUUGAACUGGCCCAUGCCUGCAGCCUAACACAGCACAGCACAUUCAACUGGUAAUGGAAGAGAAAACUGGAGAGUUGUCAUGUGACACUAGGUAAUAUCAACUAGCAGAUUCCCCCCCUUCUUUUUUGACGUAAUCCUACUUGAGCAACCCCGGGAACUCUAAAUUUCGGUGUGGUCCAACAGCUGCUCAUUACACACUGAGAUGUCAGAAGGGAUGAAUGAUGAACUAACUGGGUGCCUUCCAUAAGUGUAAUAUUGAUUAGCUAUGGCUGUGGCAUCUGCCAAUCAGGACAGCCCAGGAUUCAAUGCAGCACAUAUCAAGAGUAGGGAACCUCAGGUCUGGGGAUCAAAUACAGCCCUCCAGACCCCCACACCUCACCCUUGAAAAGGCCUCACCCUUCACCAGCCUCGCUUGAACUUUAAGCAUGCGGGGUUUUUUGUCCGGUUUGAAUGCAUUCUUGAACUCUGGUCAUAUCACUUGCUUGCCUGGUUGGAAGACAGAGGGGUGUGUGUGCGUGUGUGGAUACUUUGUAUAGCAUUGCACAGGUUAAAAUUUGCUCCACUCACUUUUGCCACCCCUCCAGAUAGCUCCGGGAACAUUGUCCAGAAGAAAGUAGGAAUAUAGGAAUCUGUCUUAUGCUGAGUCAGACCAUUGUUCCAUAUCACUCUGUAUUGUCUACACUCAGUGCUGGCUGGUGGGGUGGAAGGUGGGGAGCCUGACAGUAGGUGGCGCCAGAGCCAAUAAUAGGAAGAGCUGCAGCCAAUGACAGGCAGAGCCAACUAAUUCUAGUUUUGUCCUCAUCCUUUUCCCUGUUGAGUUAUGCAAUGGCAACACUGAUACUAAGGCAGAGGAAGCUGACAGGUAGGGACAACCCCUGGACUUGUUUUAAGUAAGUAAGUAAGUAGGCAGGGGACUGACUGAGGGCAGACUGAAGUUGGUGGGGCAGUGCCCCACUUGCUCUAAUGAACCAGCCCCCUCUGUCUACACUGACCGGGAGCAGCAGUCCAUGGAGUUCAGGUAGAGGUAUCUCUCAGCCAUACCUGGAGAUGCUGAGGAUUGAACCUGGAACCUUCUGCAGGCAAAGCAGAUGCUCUGCCACUGAGCUAUGACUCUUUCUGUAAGACAUGGGAAUGUUCAGCCUUAUGCAGGCUGAAAAGGGUCCUCCACUUCUGCUGUAGAUAGAAAGCAUAUAACGUCCUCAGUAUGACCGACCUUCUACAGGUCAAGACCAAGUUGGGUUCUUGGAAGUCUCUCUUAGAUGGGUUUGAAUCUCCCCCUCCUCUUCCCUCUUUCUUCUCCUCUUCCUUCCACCUCCUGCCCUCCCUCCAUAGGCCUUGACAGAGCCGCAAACACUCUUAAAUGAGAGAUAGUGGCUUCCAUCCAAUGAAGUAGCCGCUUAAUCACCGACCAUCGUGGGAAAAGCACAAGAUGAGGCCCGAGAAACAGCCCAUUGUCUGGGCAAGAUUAAAGCUGCAAAGGCCGUAUUGUCUAGCCAGCGGAUAAAUCUUCCUACUGUCACUCAAACACUGAAUUAAAUUCCCCUUCAUUUCUAAAGGGGCUUAUCUGUCUUGAAUGGGCUGUUACGCCACAAGCGUAAGGGAACAUUUUUUUAAGUGAGCUCCUGUCUUGGGCACCUUCACAAAUAAGAAUGUCGGGGUGGGGGAGAGGAAGAAGGGACGAGGAGUCCUUCGAGAUGCCAGCGUGGUACUCUCUGCAUGCGCCUUUGGCAUGGCUCAGAAGGAGGACAGAAAAGGGCCGGUGUGUGUCUGUCUGUGUAUAUGGUGGUUGCAGCAUCCACUGCAUAGGAAGCUACCUUAUACUGUACUGAAUCUGGCUAUUGGUCCACCUGGUUCAGCAUUGUCUACAGUGGCUGCCAGCAGCUCUCCUGUGUUUCAGGCACGAGGCAGUUCCCAGCCCUCCAUGGAAAUGCCAACGGUUGAACCUUGGACCGCCUGCAUGCAAAACAAGAGCGCUACUGCUGAGCUAUGGCUAUUCCCCAAGAAUGCCAUCUCUGCUUCAGGCACCUAUCGCCAUUCAUCUGCCUUCAUCAGAGGAGCAUGACUGGGGUUCUAGAUUGCACAUGAAGGAAGCUGGGAAUUGCAGCUGUGUGAGGAAUAAACCACAGUUCCCAGGAUUCUUUGGGGGAAGCAAUGCACUUUAAAUGGAUGGUGUGGAGGUGACCCAUGCCUUAAUUUAAUUUAAUUUUUUUUUACUAGAUGUUUCUUUUGCUACUCAUUUAGGCCAGCCUUUAACCCAGGAGUCAAUGGGUCCUGACCAGGUGUGUGUGUGUGUGUGUGUGUGUGUGUGUCCGUGUCCAUGCCAUGGGCGCUUGACCUCAUUUUUGUCAGUCCUUAAAUCCUCUUUAGCUCCCCAUUCUUCCAUCCCAUCAGAAUUCCUGUUCAUUUCCUGCUUAUUUUCCCCGGCUUUCUAAAGUGCUUCCUUCUUCUUUCUAUGUAGUUUCAGAACAAUUGGAAGGGGGAGUAUUCUCUUUGAUCUUUAAAAAUAGCAAAAAAUGCCUCUUUUAGUGUCACUGCCCUGCUCUGCAGAGUGUGGAGCCCCAAGUAAAAAAUAAAAUAAAAUACCCCAAAUGACUUAAGUGAUCUUACAGGUCUAUGCAUGUCAAUUCAGGUAACUGAAGGCAUAAAUAAAAUGGGAUAUAAAUGCAGUCACUAAAUUAAGGAAAGCCUGUUGAGUUAGACCAGAUACCCAUCCAGUCCAGCAUCUUGCUCUCAGAGUGACCAACCGGAUGCCAAGGGGACGCGCACAAGCAGGACUAGAGUGCAACAGCAACUCUCAUAAGAACAUCAGAAUAACCUCCUUGAUCAGGCCAGUGGCUCAUCUAAUCCAGCAUCCCUUUCUCUCAGUGACCUGUCAGAAACCAGCAAGUAUGAUUCAAGCACGAGAGCCCUCUCUCUCCCUGUGAUUUCCAGCAACUGUUUUUUGGGAAGCAUUGCUGCCUCUCAACUGUGGAGGCACGGUAUAGCCAUCAUGGCUAGAAGCCAUUGAUAGCCGCCUCCUCCAUGACUGUGUCUAGUCCUCUUACCCAUCCAAGCUGGUGGCCAUCACUGCCUCAAUACUUUCAACUCCCAGCAACUGAUAUUGCCUCUUAAAGAGGAGGGAGGAGAUAGCCAUUGUGGCCAGUAGGCACUGAAAGUCUUCUCUCCCAUUAAUUUCUCCAAUUGUUUACCCUCCAAAGUGUGGAGGGUGGUGGGGCCAGGUGACAGCAUUGUGGCAGAGGGUACAGGCAAAUAACAUCUGCAGAGGGGCUGAGUCUUAAAGUAAUAUCUACACUACAAUACUUUUGCAUGUGCCUGUUGGGAUGAAGAAGCCAAUACUGCUACCAUGCUAGCUUGUCACAACAUGGCCAUCAGUGGAGCUCUUCUGCUUGGAAAACCUCUAGAGUUAUUGGCCUUCUUAAAAUGAUUAAUUCCAUUACCACAGUAGUGGAGAACCUCAGGCCUAGGGGCCAAAUCCAGCCCUUUGGGCUUCUCUGCCUGGCCCAUGGGUCAACUUCAAGUACAACUUGGCUGGCUGCAACCCUAUGUCCCCCCCCCCCCCGGUCUAUUUAUUCUGAACUGAGAAUUAUACAAAGGCAAUAUCCCUCCCCAAAUUCUACUUUACAGAUAUUCACACAAACUGAAGGCCACUGUGCUCCAAUGGUCAGCAAGGGGCUCACAUCAUUCUUCAUUUAAGACCAUUUCUAUACCACUUAAUACAUGAAAUAUACAUGAGUGAUGUCCAGCAAUUAAAAAAAACCCCAAACAAAAAUGCAAAACGGUGCAAUACUAAUUAAUGAAUAUUGAUAUCUGCACUGUGCUGGAGUACUGAUGGUAACCCCUUCAUCUCACAGGGCUCAAUACCUCUCAGCCUCUUGGCUGUCGCCCCCCAGGACCUAAACCAGCUCCCAGGUCACCCUAAAAUUCCUCACAGCAAAGAGCACCCUCUCAACUUGCUGAUCUCAUCUGGGUUCCUUAUUCUGCAGUUUGCUGGUAGAGACCUAGGUCUAAUGAUGCUUCCUUAAGAUGCCCACUUAAGACGUCCUAUUCCACAAUCAAUCCAUUGCACUCAGGGCCAGUCCUCCAAUGAGGAAGGGUGAAUCAGCCACCUUGGGUGGCAGAAACCCCCAUGGGUGGUGCCUCAAUGGGCUCCCAGCUCCCCCCACUGCUUCUGGCACCAGCAGAGAAGUGGCACCAGCAUUGACACUAAUUUCCAGAGAGAUCUCUUGGGAACCUGCCACUGUGUCACCUAGGUAAGGGAUGCUUCAGCGGAGGAGGUGUGGGGGUGGCAUGGGGGGAAACACUUCCUGUUUCAGGGAAAUGCAUUGAAAUGUGCCAGAUGAUCAGAUGAUUAAUGGGAAAACAAACAAAUACCUUGCAAGAAAAUGAGGGAGUUUAUUGUUGUAUAAGAACCCGCCACGGCUAGCAAACAACUCAGAAUAAAGGCUCUAUAUGGACUGGACAUAGUCUAUCCUCUUUGUAAGGAAAUAAGGAGAAAUACUCAAUAAACAGGUCACCGGGAGUCAUUGUUAUUUUAUAUUUAAAGGUCUAAUCCUUGCAAGAUUUUGCUAAUUGACAUUCAGGUUCGAGUUCAAUAUAACUUUCUCCAAGGCACUGAAUGUGGGCUUUUUGUGAGGAAAUCCCCGAUGAACAUUUCAAAUAGUUUUUGAACAGCACCAAAUGUCAGCAGUGGUGCACCUGCAAAUUCUGUUUAAAGCACAGAGAGCAUUCUAUGUGGCCUUUGCUAAACACCAUGCGAAGAACGGUAUGGAAGUGAUUGCAUAGGCAAGGACACACCUUGGGGUACCAAUGACAAACUUAGUUGGUCUCUAAGGUGCUACUGGAAGGAAUUUUUUUUAUUUUGUUUCGACUACGCCAGACCAACACCUGUAACCUACCUGUAACUACACCUUGGGGUGUUAGCAUUAGGAAACCUGCCGCUUAUACUUUUUCCUAGGGCUCGAGUAUAUUGGAUUAAGAGGACUCUGUUUUUAGGACUUGGUAGAUUUUCCGAAGGGUGAAAUAGGAUUCUUUACAUCCUGUAGGAGGGGACCCCUUUGUCGUUGGGGUUUAAGGCUCUCCUCCCCCACCCCAAGAUCCGUCUUUGCAAAAGUCUAUCCUUUUUAGCAACCAAAACCAUUGUUUUUAACAAGUGUGCUUACACCUGUUUAGCAGCUUGGUUUAAUGAUCUGGAAAUAGACUGAAAAGAGCUGGCAGGAAAACAAUAGCCCAUUAAAGAAUGCAUUGGUUCUCCCCACCCCAUUUCAUUUCCCCUCCGCAAGGAUUGCCAAUGUGAAGCCCUAGAGAUGAUGCUGGACCACAAGUCCCAUCUUCCCUGCCCCCUGCUUGACGGCGCUGAUGGGAUAUGUAGUUCAGCAACAUCUGGAGGUCACCAAUUUGAUGUUUCAGUGGAAACUGUCUAGAAAGAGGUUGAUCUGUCAUCCCCUCAUUUAAGGCCGUGUUUCUGACAUCUGCUCAUGGAUGGAUGAGUCUGUCCAUUUCAGAUUUUCUCAUUUUCCCACUCUUAAGUCCAUUUCUCCAAAGUUCUGCAUCAGUUUGUGAUUAUAAUUUUCUUUUAGAAAAAGGUCUCAUGAGAAUUUGCCAUCAUUUUACUGCACAUUGAGUCAAUGAUUGCAUGCAAUUUUCCCUGAUGCUCCAGCGAUUUCUCCUAAUAUAUUGCAUUUUACUACAUUAAUUUCACUAUUACGUCCAUUUUAUGCUCACUGUCUCCCAAUAAAAAUAAUGUACACAUUAUUUUGUCGACGAACGGCAUCACUAAAUCCUUGAAAGUGCAGAAUUUGAAGGACAGCUGGCUUUCAGGCUGAAUAUCGUUUUGGGAAAUGAAUUGGGAAGAUUUACAUUAAAGCCACCUGUGCCUCAUCUUUAGAAUGGAAGUCAAUAGAAGAACAUGCAUUAAAUUGGGCAUCCCCAAACUGUGGCCCUCCAGAUGUUUUGGCCUACAACUCCCAUGAUCCCUAGCUAACAGGACCAGUGGUCAGGGAUGAUGGGAAUUGUAGUCCAAAACAUCUGGAGGGCCGAAGUUUGGGGAUGCCUGCAUUAAAUCAACACCAAACUUAGCCUUAGCAGGUUGGGGGCUCACACAGAAUUGACUAAAAGGCAAGUAAGAGGUGACAUGAUUUAAGUUUGUAAAACGAUACAUUGCAGGGGUGGAGGGUGUGGAUAGAGAAUAUUUUUUUUUAUCCGCCUCUCGUAACACUAGAAUGAAGUCAAGGAAACUGAAUGUUGGAAGACUGAGGGCAGAUGGAAAAAGUUUUCUUAAUGCAGCACAUAGUUGAAGUGUGGAACUCACUUGUACAAGAGACAGUGAUCGCCACCAACUUGGAUGGUUUUAAAAGAGGACUGGGCAAAUUUUCAGAGGCCUCUGAAUACCAGUUUGCUGGUAUACCAGUUGCCCUUGUGUCGGAUCCUGCUUGCAGGUUUCCCACAGGGAUCGAUUUGGCCAGUGUGAGAACAGGAUGCUAGACUAGCAUCGCCCUUUGGCCUGAUCCAGCAGGCUUUUCUUAUAUACUUAAAACAAAUAUAUUAUUGAACAAUUUUAACAAAACACAUUAUCAAUCAAUAUAACCAAUUACAUUUCCCCCUUUUUAUACCCUCCCCUUCCUCCCUCUCACACCCUCCAAAGACUUCUCUCAGCUCCCCCCUCUGAUUUGUUUACACGUGUUAUUCUCUGCAUGUUAUAAAGUUGCUCAUAUCAUUACUUUAUCUAUCCUAUGUUCUACUAAUAAAUUGUGGGUGUUUAUUCAAAACCUGCCAAGGAGUCCAAGUCCUUUUGUUGUCUUUUUAAAUAGUUUGUAAAAACGUCCCAUUCUUCCUUAAACUCACAAUUGUCCUUCUCUCGUAGUUUUUGUGUUAACUUUGCCAGUUUCUUAUAGCUCAUUAGUUUGGCUUUUCUUAUAUUCUUAGGACUCAUCCCCUCCCCCCGGCACAAAAAUAUAAGCAAUAUUCAUGGCUGGAAUUGUUCACUUAAAAUGAACUCAACCAGGCUUGCUUUUCAUUGGGAAUGUAUAGGAUUGCGCUGGAAAUAUGUUGUUAACUCCUCUGAGAACACACAUGUUGGCUUUUAAUAAUAAUAAUAAUAAUAAUAAUAAUAAUAAUAAUAAUAAUAAUUUAUUUGUACCCCACUCAUCUGGCUGAGUCUCCCCAGCAGCUCCCAAUCGAAUAUUAAAACAAUACAGCAUUAAAUAUUAAAAACUUCCCUACACACGGCUGCCUUCAGAUGUCUUUUAAAAAUAGGAUAGCUGCUUAUUUCCUUGACAUCUGUUGGAAGGGUGUUCCACAGAGCGGGUGCCACUACCGAGAAGGCCCUCUUUCUGGUUCCCUGUAACCUCACUUCUCACAGCAAAGGAACCACCAGAAGGCCCUGAGCGCUGGACCUCAGUGUCCGGGCUGAAUGAUGGGGGUGGAGACGCUUCUUCGGGUAUACAAUUCCCAGCACCCUUCACAAACUACAGCUCCCAGGAUUCUUUUUUAAUGCGGGAGGUGCACUUUAAAUGUAUUGUGGGUGCACACAUGAGGUACAGAUGGCGUUAGAUUUUUUUUAUUUACAAAAGUACCCUUAAAUCAUCCUAUGUUUCAGACUGACUGGAAAACUUUCUUCCCUCAACUUGAAAUAAUAAGGUAGUUCCUUUCUAUUCUUUUCCCAUUCCAAGCAGCUGGGCGAGGCUUGCUUUUGGGUUAAAAAUUUGAAAUAUCUUGGAAGACGAACAGGAAAACACUUUUAAAAAAAAAUUCAUGCCACGCUACUUUUAAAGUCAAUUUUAUUUAAAAAUCAAAUAAGAAGCAAACAACCUGGCAAGCCCACGGGACGUUUAUGUCCUGCGGCUUAAUGGCAAGAGUCUUUAUACAUCAAAAUGCAGCAGCUUUCAAUAACAAAGGAUGAAAUUCACCAAACAAAUUGCCUCUCUCUCCUCAUAAGUCGUGCACUCCUAUGCCAGAACGAGAAAGAUGUGUUGAUAACAUUAAAAUCAUUUGGUCCUCAAUGAACUGUUAAUUCCCACCGAGUCUCUGACCUGCUGCGUCUGUAGUGAACAGCAUGGUGCGGGGCACAAAAUGCUUUGUGAUUGGUGUAUUUUAUUGCACUCCUUCUCUCCCUCUCUUUCCCUCCCCCCUCUCUUUUUUUAAAAAAGGGGGUAACAAGCAAAUGCCACUGUCAAAUUUUUUGGUAGGCAGCUCCAAGAACUGCGAGGAAAUUAUUCAGGGCCAUUUAAUGAACAUCUUUUAAGAGCAGUCGCAUCCCUUGGCGAUGUCGGACAAGGCGGCAAUAUGAUGUUGAUGUUUAAAUGGCUUGUGGGGAGGGGAAAGGUGGCUAAAGUUGCUGCAGUUCAAAACAGGGACAAGAGUUGCGCCUCAGUGUCUGCUGUGGAAACACCUUUGUCAAGAAGGCAAACAUGGGUCUCGUGUAAAGUGGUUUCUGGGGGCAUGAUUCAUGUGACUGGUGGAUUAGUGGAAGCUUAUCCAUCAGGGAAGACUGGUUCGUACUGGGAUCCGGUGGGGAACCUGGGCGGAGCUAAGGAAGUCACAUGGGCAGAGCUUAGGAAGUGGCUGCUUAUGAGGUCCCCAACCUCUUCCCUUGCAAAUAGAGAGUGGACACUUCAGCAAUGGCUCGGCGUCUUAAAAACAUCUAACUUUGGUUCAGAAGGGUAUGCCCUCCAACGUUUCUCUGGUGCCCUAUUCCAGUGAUGGGCAACCUUUUGAGCUUGGUGUGUCAAAAUUCGCCCAAAAACCAAGCAUAACUCGGGUGGUGUGUCAAUUUGAGAAAAACACACACCAUAAUUUCGUGAUAUUUAUAGUUUAAAUAACAAAAAUGUAUAAUUGUUUCCCCUUAAAAAAAGGAAAAGUGGGAGGAAAAAUUAUUAAAGUUCUUUAAAAAAACAAUUAAAAAAUACUUUAAAAAGGGGGGGGGGGCGAAGGCAAAACCCAGAGGUCUUUCCCAGUGGGACUCUGGGCUCAGGCCUUCCUCCAACGGGUCUGCUGCUGGGGAGGUGGGCUCGGGUUGGGCCUGUGCCUCCUUGUGGUCCUCUUCAGCCCACCUCUCCCCUCACUCGGCUAUGCUUGCGUGGCGGUGGGGCAACAGGGAAGGGUUUCACCUUACUUGGGUGUCUCUUCUCUCUUCCCGGGAUGGCGGCGAGGUGGCGACGGCGGCAGCAGCGAGGUCAGGGUCGGGGUUCUCCUCCCUCCUCCAAGGGCCCCCUCCUCCCCCUUGAGGCGGGGGCGGCGGGGACGGCAACGGAGCAAGUGGACCCCUGUUCUCCUUUGCCAGGGCUUCCUUUUUCCUCCUCCGGCCUCCAGAGUGCCUCAAGGCCAUCCGUCAGGUUCGCGGGGUGGGGGUGGGGUCCAGCAGCUCCCUGGUUGCUGCACUGGUGGCCCCCAGUGUCCGGGCGGCGGCGGUUUCGGUAGCUCGGGAGCCCGUCCAGCAGCUUCUGCAGUGCUGGUCACUUUCAGGAGCUCCACGGCUCCAUGCCGACCGCCAUCUUGCCUCGCAAGGCCCCCAGAGACGCGUCACCUGUGGCAUUCCACCACCGGCCAGAAGUGAGGUCUCAGCAUGCGGCUGCGUGUCACCGAAAAUGGCUGUGCGUUUCAGUGCUGACACGCGUGUCAUAGGUGCGCCAUCACUACCCUAUUCCUUAUGUGUUUGUUUGUUUGCCUGUUUGUUUAUACCCCACCCAUCUGACUGGGUUGCCCUAGCCACUCUUGGCGGCUUCCAAUGUAUGUGAAAACAUAAUAAAACAUUAAACAUUUUCAAACUUCCCUAUACAGGGCUGCCCUCAAGAUGUCUUCUAAAGGUUGUAUAGUCACUUAUCCCCUUGGCUUGGGGUGUGUGUGUGUCACAUAACUCCAUACCCUCCAACAUUUCCCCGAUGGAAAUAGGGACGUCCUAAGGAAAAGUGGGACAGUCUGGGAUCAAAUGAGCUGGAUGGAAGCAGUUUACGAUGAUUCUUAACAAUAGGCUUGUCAACAAGCUAGAACGGAGGCCCAGAACAGACUGAUCUCCUGCCCUUUUAACAGAGAUUUGGCAUGCAGACACCAGCAGGUGCAACUUUUCAUGGCAUGAAGCUAAAUUGUUAUCACCUGCUAAUAGCUGCCGGAUCAAAGUGCUCCUUUAAAGGUUGGCAAGCUCAGCUUAUCAGAGAGAUGUACUGUAGCUGAGAUAGUUGCUGGAAAAAGGGCAAAGAGGAACACCACUUAUAGCCAGUCCUUGGAAAGGUGACAACGAGAUUGUGAACAACAUGUACGAAACCGAGGCAGACCUCCUAGCAGGCGAGAGCGGGGAGGAAGAGACCGAGGACAGCAUCAUGUCCCCCAUCCCCGUGGGGCCGCCAUCCCCUUUCCCCGCCGGAGAGGACUUCAACCCCAAGGAAGGCUCUCCGUACGAAGCUCCCGUCUACAUCCCCGAUGACAUUCCAAUCCCACCCGACUUUGAGCUGAGGGAGUCUUCCAUUCCAGGGGCAGGGCUGGGCAUCUGGACCAAAAAGAAGAUUGAAAUUGGGGAAAGAUUCGGGCCUUACAUGACCUUUCCAAGGACGACGUUGAAAGAAGCAAACUUUGGAUGGGAGCAAAUGCUUACGGAUCCCGAGACAGCUUUGCAAGCUGGCUGCAUUAAAAAGAUUGGCGAUGACCUGGGCACUGAGAAAUUCUGCGUCGAUGCCAACCAGACAGGAAACGGGAACUGGCUGAAGUACAUCCGGGUGGCCUGCUCCAGCGAAGAACAAAACCUAGCCGUGUGUCCUGUGAAUGACCAGAUUUAUUAUAAAGUUAUUAAAGAAAUUGAACCCGGAGAAGAGCUGCUGAUGUAUAUGAAAGAAGGCACUUAUCCGACUGGGAACAUCCCACCCAGUUUGGAAGAAGUGCACACAUACCGCUGCGAGGACUGCGAUGAACUCUUCCAGUCGAAGAUGGACAUGAGGCGGCACAAGAAAUACUCUUGCAAUGCCGUCAGCUCCCUCUACGAGACCCUCAGCGAGGAGAUCAAGCAGGAAGGGGCUUCCGAUGGGCAGGUCUACGAGUGCAAGGAUUGUGAGAGGAUGUUCCCAAACAAGUACAGCUUGGAGCAGCACAUGAUCAUCCACACUGAGGAACGGGAGUACAAAUGUGACCAGUGUCCGAAGGCCUUCAACUGGAAAUCAAACCUGAUUCGUCACCAGAUGUCGCACGAUAGCGGCAAGCGAUUUGAAUGUGAAAACUGUGUAAAGGUGUUUACUGACCCCAGCAACCUCCAGAGGCACAUCCGUUCUCAGCACGUCGGCGCACGGGCGCACGCUUGCCCUGACUGUGGGAAAACCUUUGCCACUUCUUCCGGCUUAAAGCAGCACAAGCACAUUCACAGCACUGUCAAACCUUUCAUAUGUGAGGUCUGCCACAAGUCCUACACGCAGUUCUCCAACCUGUGCCGCCACAAGCGCAUGCAUGCUGACUGCCGGACCCAGAUCAAGUGCAAGGACUGCGGCCAGAUGUUCAGCACCACCUCCUCACUCAACAAGCACCGGCGCUUCUGCGAGGGGAAGAACCAUUACAACCCCGGGGGGAUUUUUGGGCCAGGCUUGCCUCUCACUCCCAGCUCAAUUAUGGACAAAUCCAAGCCAUCUCCUGCCCUUAACCAUGCCAGCCUGGGGUUCAGCGAUUACUUCCCAUCCCGGCAGCACCCUGGAGGGCUCCCCUUCUCCCCCGCUCCCCCAGCGUUCCCAUCCCUCGCCCCUGGGUUCCCGGGCAUCUUCCCUCCGUCGCUGUACCCCAGGCCCCCUUUAUUACCUCCGACGCCACUGCUGAAAAGCCCCCUCAACCACACUCAAGAUGCCAAACUUCCCAGCCCCCUGGGCAACCCAGCCCUCCCUCUGAUCUCUGCUGUGAGCAACAGCGGCCACCCCGCCUCCGGGGAGGAACGUUACAACAGCGGCAACCUGGGGAACUCCUACCUGGAGAAGCUCAAGGCCAGGACCAGUGACAUGUCAGACGCGAGCGACUUCGAGGACGUCAACACCACCACAGGCACGGACCUGGAUACCACCACCGGGACAGGGUCUGACCUGGAGAGCGACGCAGAGAGCGACCGGGACAAAAUGAAGGAGAAGAGCAAGCCAUCUGAGAGCAAGCCGGAUUUCAGCAGCGGCACAGUGCCCACCAGUUCCGCCAACAACAUGAGCGACCUCCCCCUCUUCUACUCGCAGCAUUCCUUCUUCCCUCCCCCCGAAGAGCAGCUCCUCCCCAUGGCGGGAGCAGCCAACGACUCCAUCAAGGCCAUCGCCUCCAUCGCAGAGAAGUACUUUGGGCCCGGCUUCAUGGGGAUGCAGGAGAAGAAGAUGGGCUCCCUCCCGUACCAUUCCAUGUUCCCGUUCCAGUUCCUCCCCAACUUUCCCCAUUCACUGUACCCUUUUACGGACCGCACCCUCAACCACAGCUUGCUGGUCAAGGCAGAACCAAAGUCACCCAGGGACCUUCACAAACUGGGCAGCACCAGCUCCGAGUCGCCCUUCGACCUUACCACAAAGCCAAAAGAAAUCAAGCCAGCCUUGCCGCCCCCCAAAGUCCCGCCCGCUCACCUGUCCGGGGAGGAGCAGCCGCUCGAUCUCAGCAUCGGCAACCGCAUGCGGGCCAGUCAGAAUGGGAGCCGGGACUCCCGGAGGAACCACGUGUAUGGAGAAAGGAAGUUGUUGGCCAGUGAAGUAUUACCCAAGAUCUCUCAGGCUCAGAUGCCGCCACAGCCAUCAUUGCAUUACGCCAAGCCGUCUCCUUUUUUCAUGGACCCCAUAUACAGCAGGGUGGAGAAGCGGAAGGUAGUAGAUUCAGUGGGCGCAUUGAAGGAGAAGUAUCUGAGACCAUCGCCGCUGCUUUUUCAUCCCCAGAUGUCGGCAAUAGAAACCAUGACGGAAAAACUGGAGAGCUUUGCAGCCAUGAAGGCGGAUGCCGGCGCUUCCUUGCAGCCCCUCCCACACCAUCCCUUCAACUUCCGGUCGCCGCCCCCAACGCUGUCCGACCCCAUUUUGCGCAAGGGCAAAGAACGCUAUACCUGCAGGUACUGUGGUAAAAUAUUCCCACGUUCAGCAAAUCUGACGAGACAUCUGCGGACACACACAGGAGAGCAACCUUACAGAUGUAAAUAUUGCGACCGGUCCUUCAGCAUUUCAUCCAACCUCCAGCGCCACGUCCGAAACAUCCACAACAAGGAGAAGCCAUUCAAGUGCCACCUCUGUAAUCGUUGCUUCGGCCAGCAGACCAAUCUCGACCGACACCUGAAAAAGCACGAACACGAGAGUGUGCCAGUGAGCCAGCACACGGGCGUCAUCACAAACCACCUGGGGACCAACGCCUCCUCGCCGACCUCAGAAUCAGACAACCAUGCACUUUUAGACGAGAAGGAAGAUUCGUAUUUCUCUGAAAUCAGAAACUUUAUUGCAAAUAGCGAGAUGAACCAAUCAUCAGGCUUAGCAGAUAAAAGGCCUGAAAUCCAGAAUGCUGAUGGCAACUCCCAGUGCCAUGGCCUCGCAAAUGACAAAACAGAGGAUGUCGACGAGGAGGAGGAAGAACUGGAAGAGGAAGACGAUGACAGCCUGACGGGGAAGUCGCAGGACGAGACUGCGUCACCGACGACAGAGCCGCAAGGAGGGUAUGAGGAUGAGGAAGAUGAAGAGGCCACGUCCCUUACCAUGAGUUUUGACCGCACCCGAAGGUGUGUUGAGGAGGACGAAGCCGGCCUGUUAGAUUUGGAGCAGUUACCGCAGUUUGGGAAGGGGCUGGAUCUACGCAAGGCGUCCGAGGAAGCUUUUGAAGUUAAAGAUGUGUAUAACCCCACCUUAGACUCUGAGGCAAUAAAACAGACUCUGUACAGGCAGGCUAAAAAUCAGGCUUAUGCAAUGAUGUUGUCCCUUUCUGAGAACACUCCCCUCCAUCCUUCUUCCCAGAACUCUCUGGAUGCUUGGUUGAACAUGGCAGGUGCUGCUUCUGAGCCAGGAGGCUUCAGCGCCGUCGGUCAUCUCUGAGAGGCUGGAGGAGAAGGCGCCCGGCCCGAGAUCCCAAGCAAGGAGGCCGAGGUGCCACACGUCUCCCCUCUCAGACCUUCUGGUCAGCAGCGGAGGACUGGACAGGAAGCCCUCGGGGCUCAUCCUCCCACCACCAGGAGAAGGAACCCACCACGGACAGCUCAUUCCCUGUUUCGUCGGACCUAGGAAGCCACCACCACAGCAGCCCCGAGGGCCUGCCAUCUCUCUGACGCAUAGUACAUCCCAGGAGCAAAAGUUGCUUCCUGCAUUGGGCUGGGGCUGGGGGAGUGCCAGGUGCAUUUGUCGUUAGCAAAUCCAAUCGUGCCCCACCCUCUCAUGUUACAGACCGUGUUGCUGAGCCAGCGAAAACUCCUUGUAAACACCCCCACCCGACCCCACAUGAAGUCCUUUGACCCUCAUAUCCAGUUCUGCUAAGAAGAAGAAAACGACGUUCUAGGUCAGGUCCAAUUCCAAUGAAGUCACUGGAGUUCUGCUGAGAUUAGGACUUCUGUUGAGUUUCGUUUGCUUCCUUCCCUCUCUUUAAAAA